GACUGCGAUCGGUUUACGUGUUAAAGACGGAGUAGUCUUGGCUGUUGAAAAACUUUUACAUUCGAAAUUAUUAGUACCUCGUUCAAAUCGUCGAAUCCAAACAGCCACAGCUGGAUUAUUAGCAGAUAGUCGUCAUAUCAUUAAUCGAGUUCGAGAAGAAGCAAAAGCUUUUCGAGAUAUUUAUAAAUAUCAAAUACCCGGCAAGACAAUCGCCGAUAGAGUAGGUCAAUAUGUGCAAGCUUAUACAUUAUAUUCAAGUGUCCGACCGUUUGGUAGUAGUGCGAUAAUUGGUAUUGUAGAUAAAACGGGACCACAUCUUUAUAUGGUUGAACCAUCUGGUGUAUACUGGGAUUACUUUGGUUGCGCAGUGGGCAAAGGAAAACAAGCAGCAAAGACAGAAAUUGAGAAACUCAAACUUUCUGAAAUGUCAAUUGAAGAUGCUAUUAAAGAGGCUGCUAGAAUUAUUUAUGCAGUUCAUGAUGAUGCAAAAGAUAAAGAUUUUGAAUUGGAAUUAAGUUGGGUUACUAAGGAUACUGGAAAACAUCAAUUUGUACCUAGAGAAAUUGCGGAAGAAGCAGAAAGACUUGCUAAAGAAUCACUUAAUCAAGAAGAAAUGAAAGAUGAUUAA